CGGCCGGAAGUGACGGCGCGGCGCCAGCUCACCUGGGCGGGCGCGGGGCCCGGCGUCUGCUUCUCGGCUGUGUCAGCAUCAGCCCGGCCCUGUUUGAUCUCCAUUCCAGUACUGGAGUUAUUUGCAAGAGAGAAUCGAGAUAGUCUGUAGAGGAUGCCAAAUGAGAGAAUCCCCCACUCAAAUCAGCCUCAGGAGCAAGAGUGUGUACAGAGUCAGUGUGUCAGUAGUAAUGAAGACAUGGCAAUCAAGCAAGAACGUGAUGGCAGUGUGGAGGGGGAGGGGAGCCUCCCCUCUUGUUCCUCUGCUAAUGGACCAUCCGCUUCCGCCGAGGGGUGUCCGUCAGAAGUUCCGAGGAGAGGGCCGGCCCUGCUGCACAUUGACAGGCAUCAGAUCCAGGCGGUGGAGCCGAGUGCGCAGGCCCUUGAACUGCAGGGCUUGGGUGUAGAUGUCUAUGACCAGGACGUGCUGGAGCAAGGUGUGCUGCAGCAGGUGGACAGCGCCAUCCACGAGGCCAGCUGCGCGGCCCAGCUCGCUGAUGCGGAGAAGGAGUACCGGUCCGUCCUGGAUGACCUCACGUCAUGUACGACAUCCCUAAGGCAAAUCAAUAAAAUUAUUGAACAGCUUAGCCCUCAAGCAGCCGCCAACAGAGACAUCAACAGGAAACUAGACUCUGUAAAACGACAGAAGUAUAACAAGGAACAACAGCUAAAGAAGAUCACAGCAAAACAGAAGCGGCUCCAGGCCAUCCUUGGAGGAGCGGAGGUGAACAUUGAACUCGAUCAUGCUGGUCUGGAGGAGGAGGCUGCAGAACCGGGGCCGUCCUCUCUCGGCAGCAUGCUCAUGCCUGUCCAGGAGGCUGCUUGGGAGGAGCUGAUCCGCACUGGCCAGAUGACACCUUUUGGUACCCAGAUCCCUCAGAAACAGGAGAAGAAGCCUAGAAAACUGAUGCUCAAUGAAGCAUCGGGCUUCGAAAAGUAUUUGGCAGAUCAAGCGAAACUGUCUUUUGAAAGGAAGAAGCAAGCUUGUAAUAAAAGAGCAGCUAGGAAAGCUCCGGCUCCCGUCACUUCUGAGCUGAUCCCAACGCUCAGUGAAAACAAACCAGACGAGAGAAGCAGAGUUCUCUCGAAAGCAGAUAAGCGCUUGAAGAAGCGCAUCGGGAAACUCCAGAAGAGGGCUCUUCAGUUCCAGGGGAAGGUGGGGUUGCUAAAGAGAAGGAAGCCCUGGGAGUCUGAUGUGAGGCCAAAGGCAGAGGGGGACUCCGAGAGUGAAGAGUCUGAGUACUUGCCCACGGAGGAGGAGCAGGACGAGGCGGCCGGGGCCGACCUGUCUGGAGAGGGCACCGACUGUGAACUGAGGCCUGUGCUCAAGCGCCCGAAAUGGCCGAAGAAGGUCACAGUGCAAGAGAUUGACGAUGACUUUUUUCCAAGUUCGGGGGAAGAAGCUGAAGCUACAGGAGGAGGAGGAGGUCGGAAAGUAGUGAAAUGCCGAGACGACGGAGAUGAAGAUUAUUAUAAGCAGCGGUUAAGGAGAUGGAAUAAACUGAGACUGCAGAACAAAGAGAAGUGUCUGAAGCUUGAAGACGAUUCUGAGGAAAGUGAUGCCGAAUUUGACGAAGGUUUUAAAAUGCCAGGUUUUCUGUUCAGAAAGCUUUUUAAGUACCAGCAGACAGGUGUUAGGUGGCUGUGGGAAUUGCACUGCCAGCAGGCAGGAGGAAUUCUGGGAGACGAAAUGGGAUUGGGUAAGACCAUCCAGAUAAUUGCCUUCUUGGCAGGUCUGAGCUACAGCAAGAUCAGGACUCGUGGUUCAAAUUACAGGUUUGAGGGGUUGGGUCCGACUGUCAUUGUCUGUCCGACGACAGUGAUGCACCAGUGGGUGAAGGAAUUUCACACGUGGUGGCCUCCCUUCCGAGUGGCAGUUCUGCAUGAGACUGGCUCCUGUACCCACAGAAAGGAGAAACUAAUUCGAGAUAUUGCUCACUGUCACGGAAUUUUGAUCACUUCUUACUCCUACAUUCGGUUGAUGCAAGAUGAUAUUAGCAGGCAUGACUGGCACUACGUGAUCUUGGACGAAGGACACAAAAUUCGAAACCCAAAUGCUGCCGUCACCCUGGCCUGCAAACAGUUCCGCACCCCUCACCGCAUCAUCUUGUCUGGCUCACCGAUGCAAAAUAACCUCCGCGAGCUGUGGUCACUCUUUGACUUCAUCUUCCCGGGAAAGUUGGGCACGUUGCCCGUGUUCAUGGAGCAGUUCUCGGUCCCCAUCACCAUGGGGGGAUACGCAAACGCCUCCCCGGUGCAGGUUAAAACUGCUUAUAAGUGUGCAUGUGUCUUACGGGAUACCAUAAACCCAUACCUGCUGCGGAGAAUGAAGUCAGACGUCAAAAUGAGCCUUUCUUUGCCGGAUAAAAAUGAACAGGUCUUAUUUUGCCGUCUUACAGAUGAGCAGCAUAAAGUCUACCAAAAUUUCAUUGAUUCCAAAGAAGUUUACGGAAUUCUCAAUGGAGAUAUGCAGGUUUUCUCUGGGCUCGUGGCCCUGAGGAAGAUCUGCAACCACCCUGACCUCUUUUCUGGAGGCCCCAGGGGUCCCCGGGGCGCUCCGGAGGGGGAGCUAGAGGGACAUCAGUUUGGAUACUGGAAACGUUCUGGGAAAAUGAUAGUUGUUGAGUCCCUGUUGAAAAUAUGGCAUAAGCAGGGUCAGCGAGUACUGCUGUUUUCUCAGUCGAGACAGAUGCUGGACAUACUUGAAGUAUUUCUUAGAGCCCAAAAGUAUUCCUAUCUCAAGAUGGAUGGUACCACUACAGUAGCUUCAAGACAACCACUGAUUACGAGAUACAACGAGGACACGUCCAUAUUUGUGUUUCUUCUGACCACUCGAGUGGGUGGCAUAGGAGUCAACCUGACGGGGGCCAACAGAGUCAUCAUCUAUGACCCCGACUGGAACCCAAGCACAGACACACAGGCCCGGGAGCGAGCGUGGAGGAUAGGCCAGAAGAAGCAGGUGACGGUGUACAGGCUUCUGACUGCGGGCACCAUUGAAGAGAAGAUUUACCACCGACAAAUCUUCAAGCAGUUUUUGACAAAUAGAGUGCUAAAAGAUCCAAAGCAAAGGCGGUUUUUCAAGUCCAAUGAUCUUUAUGAGCUGUUUACCCUGACCAGCCCUGACGCAUCCCAGAGCACUGAGACCAGCGCUAUUUUCGCAGGGACUGGGUCAGAUGUUCAGACACCCAAACGCCGUCUAAAGAGACAGCUUGAGCCAGCUGUUGGAACAGACCAUAACGUUCCCAUGAGCAGGAAGCUUACUGCCUCUAGCACGUCUGCAAAUGGUGCCACGUCCUCUGAGGAGAAAUCCGCAGCUGCAGGAGCUGAUGUGAAGGCAGUUGCUUCUGAUCAAGGCGACCCCUUGAAGGAGGUCCCCGAGCCGCCUCGUGGUCUCACUAGCAGCGAUAGCCUUGGAGAGGACACAGGUGCAGUGGCUGGACGAGAUGAGUCACCCGUGGUUAGUGGAAACGGGGAAUGUUCAGAGUCUCCAAGAAUCAGCAGAAUGUCCAGGACAUCUGGUGAGGAAAGCGUCGGUGAAAAGCAGGGUCUUCCUGACAAAAGAGAAAGCUGCCAGGCUCAGACAGAGCCCCUGUGGGAGAGGGACCAAAUGGAAAAUAACUCCUGUAAGCACAAGGCAAAAACGAAACACCGUGCGGCAGAGGAAGGGACCCUGGAGAAACACCGGAGGCCGAAGCAGGAGCCAAAGAGCUCGAAGCAUCGCAGAGACGCCAAGUUUGAAGGCACUCGGAUCCCACACCUGGUGAAGAGAAGGCAGUACCGGAAGCAAGACGGCGAGAAUGAGCACGAGCCCAAGGAGCGGGGCCACGAUGAUUAUGUUCUGGAAAAGCUUUUCAGGAAAUCAGUUGGCGUGCACAGUGUCAUGAAACACGACGCCAUCAUGGAUGGAGCCAGCCCAGAUUACGUGCUAGUGGAGGCCGAGGCCAACCGAGUGGCCCAGGACGCCCUGAGAGCCCUGCGGCACUCGCGGCAGCAGUGUCUGGGAGCCACGUCCGGCGCUCCCACCUGGACCGGCCACAGGGGCAGCUCGGGGGCACCGGCCGGGAUAAAGAGCAGGUUUGGUCAGAAGAGGAAUUCCAGCUUCUCUGUGCAGCGUCCUUCCUCAGCGUCUCCGAAGGAGAAAGCCCAGGACGGCGUCAUGAAAAAGGAUGGAAAAGAUAGUGUUUCUGAGCAUUUUAGUGGAAAAGUGGAAGAUGCAGAGUCUUCAUCUGGCGCCCUCACUUCAUCCUCGCUCUUGGCUAAAAUGAGAGCUAGAAACCACCUGAUCUUGCCGGAGCGGUUAGAAAGCGAACCCGUGCCCCCCCACGAGCCGCCUGCCCCUCUGCCCUCCUCCACAGAGCACGACGACCUCCUGGUGGAGAUGAGGAACUUCAUUGCCUUCCAGGCCCGUGUGGACGGCCAGGCCAGCACGCGGGAGAUCCUGCAGGAGUUCGAGUCCAAGUUGUCGGCGUCACAGUCUUGUGUCUUUCGAGAACUGUUGAGAAACCUGUGCACUUUCCAUAGAACUUCUAAUGGCGAAGGAAUCUGGAAACUCAAGCCAGAAUACUGCUGAUCAACAUUACUUUCUAAACUUUUAAUUGACUUUUUCUAACAGAAAUUUCUGAUUAUUAAUCCUGUGAUUAAUAAUCAUGUGUUUGUCGACAGAAGUUGGCUGCGUUUGGUGUUUGCUUUGAAUGCUCCUACCUCGUAACUAAACUUUACAGAAGAAGCAGUUCUUCUCUGAAAUGGGAAAGUUUGAAAAAUCCUUGGGUUGACGUGAACUUUUUUGGCACUGUGAAUUAUGUUUUAAAAUCAGGGGCCUAGCAGUUAAUUCUGGGAACACUUUUGCUUCUUUACCCAAAAAAUGCUGGCAGGGAGCAUGUGACGGCUCAUUUAGAAGUUUAUAGACCAGAAAUCUCAAGAAUUCUUUUUACUGGUGCUAAAAACGUGUCUGAUAUUCUGUCAGGCCUGUUCAAUAAAUUAGUUCAUCAAUAUCUGAUAACAGCAUCAUUUUUGGUGCAUAGCUUUUAAACAUUUGAAUUUAUCAUUUGUCACCCCAAAAAGAUCAGAUUUGUUAUCCUUUGAAUCAUAUUAAUUGCCUUUAAGUGAUCUUCCUUUUAAGGUACUGUUAGAUUGGCAGGUAGUUUUCUUAGUAAAGCAUGCAAUAGCUUGGAAAUAGAUGAUAAGACAUUAUUUGCAGAAAGCUGCACUGUCUUCAGUUCACAGGCUUUACAUUAAGCAAAGGGCAUCUUUUCCUCCCUACAGUGACUGCUUCGUUUUAGGAAAGUGGAAUGUAUUAUAUUAAAAAAAAAACACACAACUCAAGCAGAACCAAAAGUGAGUACGAAUAAAACAACCAGCACACACACAUGCACACAAAUGCCACUCCAGAACCACAACUGGAUGUACCGUCAUUACCGCAAGGUGACCACCACUGCAGCCACCCGCUUGCAUGUUGGGAGGUAGCUUUGAGCAUUUUUUAUUUUAUUCAUUGUUUGCUUUUCCAAGGACGCUGAGUACUUGAUACUAGGCAGCAUCGUUCCCCUUAUGUCUCCGUCCAGUCGUUUUCAUCUCUUUUUCCUGUGCGUUCAGUGUCUCUCCUGUUUGAGAGGCUUGGUUUGCAGCUGCAUCUCUUGUUUCUGGCUGUUGUUUAUGGAUUUAUAGUUCUGUGAUGGUGAUGUUUUGGUCCUCCGCUUGUUUUUCUUGUUCCCUUCUCGUUGUUAUUUUGUCAUCUCAGCUCUGAAAUCUUGUUUUCUUAAAUUCAUUCUAUUCCUUCCAUUUCUACUUGAGCUCUCACCGUGCCAUUUGUUCGUUUCUUGGGUUUCUCUUCUCUGGUUUGCUGUUUUUCCUCUUGUUGGCUUUUCUGUUUGAUGCUUGCCUUCCUCUCAUGCCAUUUCCUUACAUCUUGGUCCUGCUGAAAGCGAGCAGCUGUGUCCAGACCUGAAUGCUCCUCCUGCGGCCCAGAGCAGGGGUGUGGCUGGGGGUCAGGGAGAGCCUCUGCGGCAGCAGGCGGCUGUGGUGGGACCACUGGGUUUCACUUUCCUAUUUGGAAAUUGUGUUGAGCACUGGGGCCAAGAAUCCCUCCGCUUACACAGGAGUUGUCGGAGUCAUGAUCCCCACCAGGAUUUUCUCCUCUUUCAGGAUUCUGGCUUGUUCAUUUUUUUUUUUCUGUUUUUUAGAGUCAUUCAUUAUAUAUUAAAGGAAGAAAUUCUAUUAUUUUCUUGAUUCUGCCAUCAUCUAGAAGUUAUAGAAGGGAUUUUCAACAGGUCACUAAAUCCUAAACUUGGUUACUUGGCUCAGAAGGGAGUCCAAGUUCGUGACUGUUUUCUCUCUGGAAAGACUAUUUUCUUUACUUUUGUAAUCAUUAAUCAUAAAAUUGCAUCCCCCUGUUCUUGAAUUGAAGUGCUGAGGUGUGUCACGAGUGUGAAGUGUCUGGGCGUCGUCAUCUGCAGCAUCUGGAAUCUAAAGCUAGAGCGGCCGUAGCCUCCUGGGCAGGUGGAAGAUGCCGCCCAAGUUAGGAUGCGGCAAGCGAGGUGGUCCUCACUCCAGCACUUGUCUCAGCUCUGCCACCGGCAGGCUGUGUCCUUGGGCGGGUCACUGCCCUGCCCGGGUCUCAGAGUGGAUUUCUGUGGACAUUGUCGUCAUGCCUCCCAGGGGAGAGACAUAGAGGGAGGUGCUCUAAGUGGGAUGGUUUAAACGAUAGACAGUAACUUACUCAUUUAGAUAAAAUCUCGUUUUGGGGACUUUCAAAGCUUUGUCCAAUGUAGAUAGAUUGAAUGUAUUUAACAUGUAUCAGUCUCAAGCUACAAAUAAAGGAUUUUAAAAUUUUGUGAAA